GGAAGACUUUGAAGCAAUGAUGCUUUCAUGGACAACUGUCUACCUCUAUCGGCAACUGCGCAAAUAAACAUCGACCAAACUCAAUACAUUUCCCAUUAUAAAAUAAAUGUAGUUUCUGCUUAAAAUGAUAUACAAAAUUCCGAAUAAAAUUAUUAGCCUACAAUUUUCGUAACAAGAAGUCCCAACAUUAUUCAACAAUAUAAAACAUGUUUUUUUAAGUGCUCAUAAAUUCCCGCUGGAUAUAGUGCGUCGUAGGUAGCACCAGUAAGUCGAAGUAGUCGGAGUGGCGCGAGAAACAUGUGUGGUCGAGCGGCUUGUUCCCUGAACCCGGAUACUUUGUGCCGUGCCUGUGACUACAAGGAUGCAGCUGGCAAACGACGCACAACCUCAUGGACCAAAAGCGCCGUUGAAUACGUCCCGUCUAGCAAUAUCGGGCCUAAAGACGUUCUUCCCUGCGUCGUUUCUGGAUCGCACUUUGGCAAAGAGGACGAGAGAGUUCUUUGUUCAAUGAUGUGGAGCAUGAUUCCGCCCUGGCACGAGGGAGAUUACAGAAAGAGCACUCUAUCGACGCAUAACGCACGACUUGAAAACAUUAAAAAUUCUAAAUUGUAUAGUGGUCCACUUCGCAAAGGACAGAGAUGCAUUGUAGUUUGUGACGGGUACUAUGAAUGGAAAGCUGGUAAAACAAAAAAGGAUUCUAAGCAACCAUAUUAUAUUUAUGCUGCUCAGAAAAAGGGAGUAAAAGCAGAUGAUUCUACAACAUGGAAAGAUGACUGGUCUGAAGAAUAUGGGUGGAAAGGAUAUAAAGUUUUGAAGAUGGCAGGAAUUUUUAAUACAUUUAAAACUGUAGAAGGCAAAACAAUACAUAGUUGUACAAUAAUUACAACUGAGUCAAACAGUGUCCUCUCUUGGAUGCAUAAUCGUGUACCUGUGUUUUUAAGCACAGAACAAGAUUCACAGGUUUGGCUAAGUGAGAAACUAUCAGUAGCUAAUGCUGUUGACAAAUUAAAGAAAUUAACGUUAUCAGACGGUGAUUUAAGUUGGUAUACAGUUUCAACUAUGGUAAACAGUGUAUUAUGUAAAAGUGCAGAUUGCAGAAAAGAGGCAAGGGCUGUAGCAGAGAAAAAAAACAACCCUACUAGUUUUAUGGCUUCUUGGUUAAAGAAGGGGUCUGCAGAGUCAGCUAAGAGAAGAAGUACCGAAACUGAAAAAAAUGACGAUAAACCACCCAAAAUUGCGAAGGAGAAGAUGUUACUUUUACAGCACAUACGUAAUGAAACCAGCAGUUUUUUAUAUACAUGCAAUGAAUCAAAGAAGCCACAGAAUAAAAACUUGAACCGUUAUAGAGAUGUUUUGCCAUAUGAUUAUAGUAGGAUCAUUCUUAAGAGAGGUCCAUGUGAUUAUAUCAAUGCUAACCUCGUAUGGGCAGAUGAUGCCCAUAGACGAUACAUCCUUACUCAAGGACCAUUGGAAAAUACUGCUAGCCACUUUUGGCUAAUGGUAUGGGAGCAAAAUUCUAAAGCUGUGUUAAUGUUAAAUAGAAUAAUCGAAAAGAAUCACGUUAAGUGUUAUCAGUAUUGGCCUCUUGGUGAUUCAAUGAUUAAUAUGGUAUUUGCGGAUGUUGGUAUAAAAGUAAAAUAUAUCAGCAAAACAGAAUCAUCAGAUUACACAACUAGAAUAUUAAAGUUAACUGAUUUGGAAACAAAAGAAAGUAGAGAAAUAUUACAUUUUCAUUAUAACACUUGGCCAGACUUUGGUGUUCCACAAAGUCCAACAGCUUUUCUACGUUUCUUAACAGAUGUGAGGCAGUCAGGAGCAUUAGAUCAAAAUGUUGGCCCUCCUGUAGUACAUUGUUCUGCAGGAAUUGGAAGAUCAGGAACAUUUUGUUUAGUUGAUACCUGUCUUGUUUUGAUUGAAGAAAAUGGGUUGAAUUCUGUGAAUGUUAGGGAUGUGUUGGUAGAAAUGAGGAAACGCAGAAUGGGUUUAAUUCAAACACCAGAUCAACUAAGAUUUUCAUAUGCUGCUAUCAUUGAAGGAGCAAAACAGUUGCCAUCCAACAACGUGGUAACUAAUACCAAUUCACAGUGGUACAAUAAUAUUAAUAAUGAGGUAGGAACAAAUCAUUACGACGUGGUAAGUAAUAUUUAUAAUUCUUCAAGUGAAGAUGAAGAAGAACCACCUCCUUUACCACCUCCAAGAGGUGAAUCCUUAACACGUAGCAUGAUGGCAGACUUAACUUCAAUACCAAUAACAAAAAAUGAAGAAGUAAGUGGUCCGCCUGAUAAACCAUUACCCAGAGAGCCAUCAGUUUCCACAGAAACAUCCACCACUAGUCCACAGACUGGUGCAAACUCUACAGUAAUCACAAACAAUUUACAUGAAAGGAACUCCGAUGGUGUUGUAGUGCCUAACGAUAAUACCAGUGACGGUGAAAACUCUUUACAGACAAUUAGUCCUCCGUCCAGUCCAGAUGUCAAAAACGAAGUACGUCAACGUAAUAAAGAGAAGAAGGAACGUUUGGCAGCACAAGUACGAGAGAUGAAGCGUCGACAAAAGGAGACUGAAGAAUGGCAGAAGCUCAAGAGGUCAUUAUUUAAGCCCCUUUCAAUAGGCAUAGGCGCCGCAAUUGUUGGUGGGGGUAUUAUAGCAAUCUGUGGUUAUUUGUACAUGCGUGGUUAGGACCGAAUUGUUUCUGUCACACGUGUUCAUGGACCAUGAGUUGUCAGUGAUACUAGGUGAUUCGCACAUUCAAGAAUAGUUACUUUCAUCACGAGAUAUUUAACAGCUCCGUUGCACAUGUCAUUGAUUGUCGUUUUGAGAGAGUAAUUAAUCAGGGAGAAGCAUUUGGUGUUACAUAAUUCGAAACAAAACAGUCGUCGUGAGGCGUUGUAUCAGUAAGAGACUAUCAAUUGAGUCGACAGAAGGACAAACACCAAGUUAUAAAAGAAACGUUAAAGAGAAGUAACUUAUUCUAACGAAGUGCAUUUGUAAAGGACAUUGUUGCAAGGCAAAGAAGCUAAAAAAAGAAAAAGAGGAAAGAACGAUCAGAAAGUCAAUGAUAAAUGAGAAUGAAGGAGAGGAGGGAGAUCUUCGAUUUGUAUUUUUAUAUUGUGAUUCACUCAAUGAGUAUGUAGAAUACUAGAAGGUAUACGUUCUUUUGAAAAUCCUUUUGCUAGGUUUCCUUGAAAGUUGCACUUUAUGAAGUGAAUAGAUCCUUUCGUAUUCGUGUCCCCGAUUAUAGUGGAAUAAGAUGUGCAUUGAGUUAGAUUUUUACUUCGUGACUUUUUUCUUUCCUGAUAUGGAAUAUAGAGUAUCUUUUUUAUUUGUUUGAUAACAAUAAUAAUGUUGCUACGUGUAUCCUAAUGAAUUAGGAGAAAAAAAA